CCUUUUCUGAUGCAGCAGCAUGAGGAAUCAAUCUGAGUUUAGAGACCCAUGGAAAAUAUGUGGAAGAAUUUCAUGUAGUUUGAUAGAAUGCUGAUAAAAUUUCUCCACAUUGAGCUUACAUUUGUCCCUAAGCCCCUCAGUAUUAUUCAAACAGAAUUAGGCAGGUUUCCAUUUCAGGACUUCAGUACUUAGAGGCUAAAGAUAGAACUACAGCAGCUGUUUGUCAAAGGGAAAAUGCUGUCUGCUCUUGGGCUGGAAAAACCUACUGAGGAAGGAGAGGAACUCCAAUUAAAAUUAAAGCCUAAAUGUUGUUUUAAGAAUAAAUUAUAUGGAAAAUAAUGUAACAGAAAUGUGUAGCAGAGUUGCUUUUACUUUUUGAUCAUGGUGGAAGGUGCUGACUAUUUAGAAGGAAAAAAAAACCUUAUUAGAGCCAUCAGGAGAGUGAUGAAUUUUCAUGAUCUUGCCUUGCCAGACAGUUUUAGCCCUAGAGAAAAUUUCAAACAGAGAUGUGUGGAAAAGAGGCAUUGCAUCUAUCCCAGGUGUGAAGUUAGAAAACCUUUUUAAUUAAUAAUAGGAUCUAAAGUACUUUUAAAAAUAUAAACAAGUCUAAUGAUGAUUAUGGCUUACAUCUGCCUUGAAAACCUCGUAGGUCAAAUGUGUGGCAAAGUGCUUGUGCUCAGGGCUCUGCACUGGUGUUCUUUUAUGUGUUCCUUCUAAAAACCUUAAAGGGCCACAUAAAGGCUGAUAAUUCUUUCACAUUCAGAGAUGCAAGUUUUCUACACGGUGUCUUGGUUUGUGCUAAUGAAAAGGAGCUUUCAGGAUCCAAGAGGCGUUUCUGUGAGUUCUUCCUUUACAGCCAAACUUCUGAAGGAAUGUUAAAAAAUUCUGCAAGACUGUUCAGCAUGUACCAUGUGCUUCUGUUUGACAAAGGGCUUCUCUUACAAGUUGAACAAAUUUCGUUGUGUUAAUAUUAAUAAUAAAAUCUUUUGGAUUUAAAUGGAAGUCACUGAGUCCAGCUGUUAUUUUGCAUUAUUCCAGGAUUAAUUUUGUUGUUGAUAAAAUCGCUGUUGAAUGUUAAAAGUUACUUUGCUUGGAAGAGUAAAUCCUGUAACAUCUCAUCGGGACUAAACACAGAAUGAAAUAUGAUUUGUUACUGAAGACAAAGGCAUUUUCUGGAAUUUCCUGAUUUCAUUUGGCUGCUGCUUCGGAUCUCUGCUCCAAAAAUUUGUAUACUUGGUCCACCUGCUUCUGGGAAAACUACAGUUGCAAUGUGGCUUAGUAAACAUUUUGAUGCCAUACGUGUCUCUCAGGAGACUUUGUUAUUCAACGAAACAUUAGCGCUGACGGAGGAAGCAAAGGCACAUAAAGAAAAAAAUCAGAAAAUUCCCAACGCGCUUUGGGCCAAUCUGAUCCAGGAACGUCUGUCAAACGUGGACUGCAUCAAACAAGGAUGGAUUUUGGAAGGCUUCCCUGAAAAUCAGGAACAGGCAUGGAUGCUGCAAUCCUUUGGCAUCUUUCCUAGACAUGUUGUUAUGCUUUAUGCUUCAGACACCGUGUUGAUUGAGAGGAACAGUGGGAAAAGGCUUGAUCCCCUCACACAAGAGGUUUAUCACACAACCUUCGACUGGCCGAGUGAUCCCCUGGUACAGGAGCGGCUGGUGAAACCAGAGGAUCUGUCUGAACAAGAGGUGUCCAAGAAGCUGCUGGAAUAUCACAGAAACUUCCCUGAGGUUUUCCAGAUCUACCAGAAAGUUCUGAAGUCGAUCAAUGCAGACCAGCCUUCCGUGGAUGUGCUCUCCCAGGUUCUUACCUAUGUCCAGACACGGCACAGAUCAGCCGCCCCCUUUACCCCACGGAUCAUCUUUUGUGGCCCCCCAGGCAGUGGGAAGAGCCUGCAGGCAGCACUAAUAGCUCAGAAAUACGGUGUUGUCAACAUUUGCUGUGGGCAACUGCUAAAGGAAGCUGUUGCAGACAACACAAAUCUUGGAGAACUCAUUAAGCCUUACAUUGACAAUGGAUGGCCAGUCCCAGACAACCUUGUCCUGGAGCUCCUGACACAGCGCCUGAGCUCCCUCGAGUGCCUGACCGAUGGCUGGGUGCUCUCCGGCUUCCCCAGGGACAUCGAGCAGGCAGAGAAGCUGCAGAAAUCACAGAUUAACCCAAACAGGGUAUUUUUCUUUAAUCUGCCCUAUGAGUCCAUCAUGGAGCGACUGUCCCAGCGGAGGACGGAUCCCAUCACUGGGCAAAGGUACCACACCACAUUCAGACCAGCUCCCACCCCAGAGAUCCAGGCCCGGCUCAGGCAGAACCCCAGAGAUGAGGAAGAAAAUAUUGAGAAGCGCCUGGAAACCUAUUACAGCAAUGUCAAGGACCUGGAGGAUUUUUAUGAAGAGGCCUUUUAUGUCAAUGCUGACCAAGACCCUUAUGUUGUCUUUGAGUUCAUAGAAAGCUGUAUCAUUAAGCCCCUUCCAUGUAGGAAAUUUAGACAUUUGUAAUUAAAAAGGAUGGUUUCUGGAAGAGUUGAUUUUAAAUUUUUCCCUGUAAUAUUUGCAGUCUGGUUGCUGAAGUGGCAGGUUAUCACAAGGGAAGAGGAAGUCAGCCAAGCUGUGUUAAAUUUGGAGCUCACCAAGGCUGAGUGAAGUACAGAGAGUAAGAAACUGGGCUUUAGAGGAAAUUUUUUUGGCUUUUGCUUCAUGAUGUAAAGUAUGAAACACUGUGGUGAGGGAAGUCCUGUUUAAUUCAAAUAUCUUUUUCUCUUUCUGAAUAGUGGUUUUGUCUUAACUGUGCAAUACCCACGAAGCCAAUCUGGAGUAUUAAAGCUGUUAGAUGUG